CUUCAAUACAUGGCGUAGCAUUCGAAACAAACAUAGUCUUCUGACCAGGCCAGAUUUUAAGAAAAGUCCAUAUAUCAGCCUUGCACACCACUACAUUCCCUAUUCAUCUGUACACUAAGUAUCCUUACAAUAAGUAACGAACAUCUUCACCAUGCCAUCUGGUUCCUGUCUCUGUCAGUCCGUCCAGUACGAAUAUAGCGGCGAACCUAUUACCAAGGCCGUCUGCCACUGUCUCACCUGCCGGAAAUUCAGCAGCGGAAGUUCUGUUAAUCUUCUAGUCCCCCAGGAUCACUUCCACCUUGUGAAAGGGACCGCAAAGGAACACCAUGAGACUCAUGAGAGCGGCAUGCAUUUGACUCUCCACUUCUGUGGGACCUGUGGCUGUUUGCUGUACAAGACCGCAGAUCGGAAGGAAUUUGAGGGUGAUGUGAUUGUGCUAGCUGGGACGCUGGAUGAUCCUCACGCUCUGGAUGAUGCUAAACCCGAGGCGGAAUUAUUUGUCAAGGAUCGAGCUUCGUGGUGGCCGGCGCUGGGUGAUGCAAAGCAGUUGCAGGGAUUUGACUGAUUGUAUCCAUGUAUGAUUGUCCUGAGUCUUUUGAAAGGUUGAUUGUAAAGGUUGGACGGGUAAUUGAUAAUAAUCUGAAUGCUUCUCUGGCUUGAAUAGUAGAGGACAUACUUGC